AUGAUCACUCUCACUACUACCACAUUGCAACGUAAUGCCACAAAAUUGUUUAAGCAGCUUCAGAUUCAAAUCCAAACCACAAUUGCUCUUGGAAAUCCAACAGAAGAAGAUGUAAAUGGCUCAAUGGAGAAGGUCUUAGCACUUGACAAAGCUUACCCACUUCCCUUGUUGGGAGCCAUGCUUGACAAGAUUCCCGAAAAGAGGGACAAUGGAUGGAGUGAAGAGCUAGAAAUGGAAUUGAGGGAGGUUGUUGAAAUGGUGAGGAGAAAAGACGCUGAGGAUUUUGAGAGGCUAGGAAGCAUGGCGCUGAAGAUGAACAAGAGUUUGGGCAUAGCAGGUCCUUUACUGAGUGGCAUUGCAGCAGUGGCAUCAGCAUUGGUGGGGAGUGGAUCAUUGGCAGGUGUAACGGCAGUCAUGGCUGGCUCACUGGCAGCUGCAAUCAAUGCUUUGGAGCAUGGUGGGCAAGUGGGGAUGGUGUUCGAGAUGUACAGAAAUUGCGGGGGAUUAUUCCAACUGUUGGAGGAGACAAUAGAAGCUGAGGUGGAAGAGGAAGACUUGGAGAGAAGACAAAAUGGAGGACUUUUUGAAAUGAAGAUAGCUUUGAUGUUGGGGAGAAGUGUGUCACAGCUGAGAGAACUCACCACAAGAUCAGCUUCAUGUCGGAUGGAGGGAAAUUGUAAUGGAUGA